AAGUACUUAAAGCCGUGGGAAAAAGCAAGAAGCAAUAGUGAGACGAGUGGAGAAUCAAUUAAUCAAUUAACAAGCAACCAAACACGUCCUUAUCACAGUAACAAACAGAGGGUCCAUUCAAUUUAGAGUUUUGAAAAUGAUACUUCUUCUGAAUUAUUGAAAUAAUUCAUUUUGAUUAAUCCAUUCAAUUUCACUAUGAUAACAACAACUCUGAUUAAUCUCAAGAACCAAAUUUUAAGGGUUCUUUACUUUAUUCUUUCUUCCCAAUUUCUGAAAAUGCUUCGCUCCAAAUGCAACUGCUUUUUUACUUCCAAAUCCAAUUCCGAUCAUCUUCCCAACACUUUUUCUCUCAACACUUCACUUCCUCAAUGGCCUCAAGGACAGGAUUUUGCUUCUGGAAUUGUGAACCUUGGUGAAAUUGAAGUAUGCAAGAUCACAAAGUUUGAGUUUGUUUGGAACAGCAAUGUGAUGGUGGAGCCAACAAAAGCUGUUGCAUUCUAUAAACCAGUAGGAAUACCAGAUGGGUUUCACAUCCUUGGUCACUAUUGUCAACCUAGCUACAAGCCUCUAUGGGGUUUUGUACUUGUUGCUAAACAAGUGCAAGAUUUCUCACAUGAAAAGGCUAACAACUACGACCACGAUAAAUUACCAGCUUUAAGGAACCCUCUUGAUUAUACUCUAGUAUGGUGUACUAAUUCAGGAAGAAAGAAAAUUGCUAUGCCUAUUGUUGAUUCUGCUUACUUUUGGCUACCUCAACCUCCUGAAGGUUACAAGGCUCUUGGUUACUUGGUUACUAACAACAGUGAAAAGCCUAAUUUAGAUGAAAUUAGUUGUGUUCGUGUUGACCUAACUGAUAAAUGUGAACCUUAUCGAAAUUUACUUGAUGCUGAAAAUAUAGUUCCUGAGUUUCCAUUUUGGGUUUGGAGUUUGAGACCUUGUGACCGUGGCAUGUUAGGGAAAGGAGUUUCAACAGGGACUUUUUUCUGCAGUAGUUGUUGUUGGAACCAGGGUGAAGAGUUCCCUGUUGCGUGUUUGAAGAAUUUGAAUCCAAUACUAUCGGCAAUGCCGCAGAUCCACCAAAUACAUGCACUUAUAGAGCAUUAUGGUCCUACCGUUUUCUUUCAUCCCGAGGAAGUUUAUUUGCCUUCUUCUGUUGAUUGGUUUUUCAACAACGGAGCCCUUUUGUACCGAAAGGGCGCGUCUAAAGGCGAACCUAUUGAUGAAGGUGGGUCGAAUUUACCAGGUGGUGGAACAAAUGAUGGUGAAUUUUGGAUAGAUUUGCCAAAUGAUAAAAAUAGAAGGGAAUUUAUCAAACAUGGGGACUUGGAAAGUGCUAAACUUUAUGUUCAUGUGAAGCCGGCAUUUGGUGGAACAUUCACAGACAUUGUAAUGUGGAUUUUUUGUCCAUUCAAUGGACCUUCUACUUUGAAAUUUGGAAUUAAAAACAUGGCUUUUAGCAAAGUUGGUGAGCAUUUAUGUGAUUGGGAGCAUUUCACACUUAGAAUAUGCAACUUCAGUGGAGAACUUUGGAGUAUAUAUUUCUCACAGCACAGUGGUGGUAAAUGGGUAGAUCCAUAUGACUUAGAGUAUAUUGAUGGAAAUAAAGCUAUUGUAUACGCAUCGAAAAAUGGACAUGCAAGUUACCCUCAUCCUGGAACAUAUAUUCAAGGAUCUUCAAAACUCGGGAUUGGAAUAAGAAACGAUGCUAGUCGUAGUAGUUUACGUGUGGAUUCAAGUGUUCGUUAUGAGGUUGUUGCAGCUGAGUAUUUAGGAGAUGUUGUUAAAGAGCCUCAAUGGUUGCAGUUUAUGAGACAAUGGGGUCCUAAAAUUGUGUAUGAUUCAAAAUAUGAGCUUGAUAAGAUUUUAAAUGCUCUUCCUCUUCGGUUUCGAAAUUCAUUUGGUAAUUUAUUUAGAAAGCUUCCAGUGGAACUGUAUGGUGAGGAAGGUCCUACAGGGCCAAAAGAGAAAAAUAACUGGAUAGGUGAUGAAAGAUGGUGAAUUUAUGUUAAAUAAGCAAAUUCUUGGCCACAAGUGUUGUAAUUGUUUGUAUGUAUAUCUAUCUACCUUGUACAUUCAUAUUUAUUCACACAUAGUGAAUUUUUGUUGUUGUUAGUAAUAUAUAUAUAUAUAUAUAUAUAUAUAUAUAUACAGAGAGAGAGUUAUGUAAUUGUUUGAGAUGGUGUGCUUGUAUUAAUAUUGGGUUUUAUUUUUGAUAAUUGAGAGUUUAUAAAAAUUUAGCAU